AUGUCAUUGGCACCGUUACAAACAGUCAAUGAAAAACAAUUGAAUACCCGUUCAAAUCUGAUAAAUACGCCUGUAAAGGGGACAGCUAAUGCUGCUGCUAAUGGAGUCAAUGCAGCUACGACUGCGACCACCUCAAUUAACAACGGUGGAGGAGUUAACGGUAAUUUGAAUAACGCUAAUGCAUUUGGGGUAGGAGGACCCUUUGGUACAUUUGGUGGCGGUAGUGCAAGUGCAAAUGCUAACAUUGCUCAUAUCAAUACAAACACAAAUAUAGCUCCUUUGGGAUUAGAUGGUAAAGAAAAUUAUGGCGGUAAUGGUAAUAGUAAUAAACGCCAAGAUACUCAUCAACAACCCGCACAAAAGAAGAAAAAGGAAAAAUUAUCUGCUCUUUGCAAGACACCACCAUCUUUAAUCAAAACGAGAGGUAGAGAUUAUCACAGAGGUCAUUUCUUGGGUGAGGGUGGAUUUGCUCGCUGUUUCCAAAUAAGAGAUGACAGUGGUAAACUAUUUGCAGCAAAAACGGUAGCGAAAUUAUCCAUUAAAACAGAGAAGACGAGGAAGAAGCUUUUAUCAGAAAUUCAAAUUCAUAAAAGUAUGAAGCAUCAAAACAUUGUUCAAUUUAUUGAUUGUUUUGAAGAUGACACAAAUGUUUACAUUUUACUGGAAAUUUGCCCGAAUGGAUCUUUAAUGGAAUUAUUGAAAAAGAGAAAACAAUUGACAGAGCCUGAAGUUAGAUUUUUCACAACCCAAAUUUGUGGUGCAAUUAAAUAUAUGCAUUCCAGAAGAGUUAUCCAUAGGGAUUUGAAAUUGGGUAACAUUUUUUUCGAUAGAAAUUAUAAUUUGAAAAUAGGUGAUUUCGGAUUAGCCGCAGUCCUAGCAAACGAUAGGGAACGUAAAUUUACAGUUUGCGGAACACCAAAUUAUAUUGCACCUGAAGUAUUAAUGGGUAAACACUCUGGUCAUUCAUAUGAAGUUGACGUUUGGUCGAUUGGUGUAAUGGUAUAUGCACUAUUAGUUGGUAAACCACCAUUUCAAGCAAAGGAUGUUAAUACGAUUUAUGAAAGAAUUAAAUGUUGUGAUUUUAUUUUCCCCAAGGAAAAGCCAAUAUCACAUGAAGCCAAAGUCUUGGUUCAAGAUCUUCUAUCAUUAGAUCCAUUAGAAAGACCUUCGAUAUCAGAAAUUAUGGAUUACGUUUGGUUUAGAGGAAUUUUCCCACCAUAUAUUCAAUCUAAUGUAAUGACAGAAGUUCCUUAUUAUGAGAAUAGAAUUACAUUAGAAGAAUCAUUUAUCAAUUUUAAAAAUUGUGUUAUUAAAUCAGGUCUUCUAACAACAGAUGGUACUGAUAAUUUCAACUUACGUGAUAUAAUUUCGUUGGUAAGUCAAGAUUCUGCGGAAAUGUCCCAUAAUGAGAAUCGUCAAACAAUUUUACCACAUUCUAUAUCCCCUGGUGGGACUAAAAAUAAAUAUAAAGAAGUGGUUGAUUUAGAAGCACAGAGAAAGUUAAACGAUUUAGCUCGUGAUGCUAGGAUACGCAGAGCUCAACAAGCUACCAUUAAAAGGGAUUUAGUUGCUACUUCAACUAAUUUGAUUAAAUCUGAAAUUUCAUUAAGAAUACUGGCAAGUGAAUGUCAUCUAACUUUAAAUGGAAUCUUAGAAGCUGAAGCCCAAAAGAGAAUGGGCGGAUUACCACAGUCGAGAUUACCAAAGAUAAAACAUCCAAUUGUUGUUACCAAAUGGGUUGACUAUUCUAAUAAACAUGGAUUUUCAUAUCAAUUAUCAACAGAAGAUAUUGGUGUUCUCUUUAACAAUGGUACAACUGUACUUCGACUAGCCGAUGCUGAAGAAUUUUGGUAUAUUAGUUAUGAUGAUAAAGAAGGUUGGGUAGCAAGUCAUUAUUUAUUAUCAGAAAGACCAAGAGAACUAACAAGACAUUUAGAAGUGGUUGAUUUUUUUUCCAAAUAUAUGAGAGCAAAUUUAAGUCGUGUAUCGACAUUCAUCAGAGAAGAUUAUCAUAAAGAUGAUGUUUUCUUGAGAAGAUACACUAGAUAUAAACAAUUUGUCAUGUUUGAAUUGAGUGAUGGAACUUUCCAAUUCAAUUUCAAAGAUCACAAUAAAUUGGCAAUAUCUGAUGGUGGUAGAUUAGUUACUUAUAUUUCACCAUCGCAUGAAAGUCUUACUUAUCCAUUAGUGGAAAUUUUAAAGAUUAAAGAGAUUCCCAACUAUCCAGAAUGUUGUUUUAUGGAAAAAUUAGCAUUAAUAAAAGAAGGUUUAAAACAAAAAUCAUCAGUGGUUACCAUAGAACAAAAUCAUAAUAUCAAUGUUUGA